AUGGCGAUGGUACUAGACCACAAGGAUUUUCUGGAAUCUAAGUGAUGCUUUGCCAACACAACAAUGUCCUCUGGCCAAAGGGUCAGCCCCUCGUCUCCUGUUGUCACAGGUCCAAGUGUCAGUGAGCCUCCGGGCCCCUGCAGAGUGUCUGCUCAUCCAGCCCCUGCUGCAGACUUGGACCUGAAAUCCCCCAGCUCGCAUUCUGAUCACUCCUCUGAAACCUCACUGCCUGAAAUCCAAAAGGAGAAAUACCUCAAGGAGUGUAGCCUGCUAAAGCCGCAGACAAAAGACGGGCAGCGUCCAGAGUGGACAUUUUACCCGCGGCUUAGCGGCAACAUCCACACCUACCACGUCGGGAAGCAGUGCUUCUUCCAGGGCGUCUUUCUCGGCAACAGGAGGUCUCUGGCAGAGAGGACGGUGGACAAGUGCCUCGGGAGGAAGAAAUGUGAUAUUGAUCCCAGGAAUGGAAUCCCAACGUUAACUCCAGGAGAUAAUCCAUAUAUGUACCCAGAACAGAGUAAGGACUUCUACAAAGUAGGAGCAACUCUCCCACCAGUGAAUUUUUCACUAGUGCCUUAUGAAAAGAAACUUGAUACAUUUAUUCCACUUGAGCCUCUUCCACCAAUUCCUAACUUGCCUUUCUGGGUAAAGGAGAAGGCCAGCUUGCUGAAGAAUGAGAUAAGAGAAGUUAAGGAGCUGGACAGUUGGCAGUCAUCGAUCCCUUUGAUACAAAGUUUGUACUCUGCUGGUGGGUUAAAAAACCUUCACAAAAUAAGCGGUACUUUGGACCUUCCAAGACAUUCCUGA